UCCAUGGUGAGUUCUCUUGUAUGUAGCUAGGGUGAAUCAAAUUUCGAUUACGUACAAAACACGUGUUUUAUAGUUCAUGCAGCAACAAGAAAAAAUGUCAAACAUUUCACAGAUAUGACAUCAUUUCCUUUUCAUUGAUGUAAUAAAAUGAAACAAUCAGGAAAUUUCUUAUUCAAAUGAUUAUUUGAUAUUCAAAACUGCGUUUGUAAAUAAAUUUUUAAAAAAAUAUGUAGCCAAUAAUGCAAAAUAUCACAGAAGAUUUUGUUGGCUGAAGUUUAACGCUUACGCAGGGUACUUAUUUUUACUUUUAAAAUUAUGUGUAUACAAAAUUCAUGAUUAUAAAGUUGAUUUCAUUAGUUGGAUAUGAUUUUGAGAAAUACGUUAGUGUUAUUAAAUUUAAUAACACAUAAUGCUGCAUUGUUUUGUGCUUGUUUCAAGUCAAAUAUCUUAUGCUUUUAAGUUAUAAUCGCAUUUAAAUCUUCUAUCAUGAUCGUUUCGAUACAGUUUCAACGGACAUUGUGGAGGGCCACUGUAGUGUCAACUGGGCUAUCGUUAAUUAUGUGUGUGGUUUUUUUAGACGUCCAGAUGCGUUUGCGGACUUCUCCAUUAAAAGAAGACAAUGGUCAAUGGAAUUCUUCGACAAAAAGACGAACUUUGAUGCAAAGAUUAGAUAAACAAAAAGCUGAACUUGUGCAAAAUGAUCAGUGGUUAUCGGAUGAUGAAACGGAUAUCACGGCAUAUUUAAGCAGCGAUGAUAGGGAGUGGUCGAAGAAAAGUCUGAAACGACGUCUGCCAGGUGCAAUUAUCAUCGGCGUAAAGAAAGGUGGAACCCGAGCUUUGUUGGAGAUGUUAAAGUUACAUCCAGACGUUGUAGCUCCUGGUCCUGAAACGCACUUUUUUGACAGACAUUAUGACAAAGGUCUGCAUUGGUACAGAAUGCAAAUGCCUCUUAGUUCUGAAAAUCAGCUGACAAUGGAGAAAACCCCUAGCUACUUGGUAACGCCUGGAGCUCCUCAGAGGAUAGCCAACAUGUCAAAAAACGUACUUCUGCUGAUUGUCGUCAGAGAUCCGGUCACUCGGGCUCUUUCGGACUAUACACAAGCCUCCAGCAAGAGACCUCAAGACACAAGGUCAUUUGAAGACAUGGCAUUUAGGAAUGCCAGUACAGGAUUAGUGGAUGCUGAUUGGUCAGCCAUAAGGAUUGGUCAAUAUGCCAAACAUUUAGAAAGGUGGACUCGAUUUUUUCCUCUUGAUCAAAUUCUUGUUGUUAGCGGUGAGCAGCUUGUUGAAGAUCCAGUUCAAGAGCUGCGGACUGUUCAAAAGUUCCUAGGUCUCCGACCACUUAUUGGUGCAAAACAUUUCUUCUUCAAUCAGAGCAAGGGGUUUCCUUGUUUGAGAAAAUCUCCAAAUAGUGAAAUACCUCGCUGCCUUGGUAAAACAAAAGGCCGCUCACAUCCAAUCAUAGCUCCAGCCAUUCUCCAGAGGUUAAGGGACUUCUUCAGGCCAUUCAAUCAAAAGUUCUUCCGAAUGGUUGGCAGAGACUUCGGCUGGCUAUGACUCAAAAGCUUUCAUCAAACAGUGCCAAGAAAUAAAUCAAAUUCAGCCAAAGUGUGAUUUUUUGUUUCAAGAUUUGAAGUGAAGGAAAAGUGAUUCUUAGGACAAUUUUUUCCAAGGUCGUCCAUGUUGUUCAGAACAAUCGUCUUAUCAAUGUGAAUUUCUUGUAAAUUAACUUUGUAAAUGUUGUCUUUGACACGCACCAUCAUGUCUCGUCGUCGUAAAAGCUAUGCCAAUGUGUACAGUUGAAUCAUCACUUCCAAGAAGUAGGUAGCCUGUUCGGUGUACAGUGUGCCAAAAAUAACGGACCGCUCUGAAUAACUUUUGAUCUAAAGAUCGGAUCUUCCCGUUCUAGGACACAAUCUUAAUUUUUUUUAACUAUUAUUAAAUUAAAUAAUAAACAACAAUAAGUAUUAAUUAAAAUUAGUUUUUUGUACAAACGAAUUUUCUAAUUGUGUGCAAUUUUUUUUUAAUUCGCUUUAGAAGCUCUCGAGAUAUGAAGAAAUACUUAAAAAAUGAAAUUGACAUUGUAGGUCCAAACUUUGAAUAGCUCUCCUGACCAAAUUUCCUUAUGGGGACCAUAUUUCCUAGAUUACGGCUAUCCCCUAUAUUUUGG